AUGGCGAGCCUUUCGGCAUCCAAUGCCUACCUGGGCGAGAAGCCCUCAUCGCGCCGUUCUGGUAGAUCAAAGUCCCGAUCACGAUCGCGGAACGGCAGGAAGCAACAAUCCCAGCAGAACGUUCGAAGUUACGCCUCCGAGGGUGUGAAGGACAAUGACAUCUUCAGCCUCCCGGGCUCUGACUGGUCGUUGCUAGCUGUACUGAUGGCCGUUGCAACUGCUGUAAGGCUCUUCAGGAUCCAGCAGCCAACCAGCGUUGUCUUUGACGAGGUCCAUUUCGGUGGGUUCGCCUCGAAAUACAUCAAGGGCAGGUUCUUCAUGGAUGUCCACCCGCCGCUUGCGAAGCUCCUUAUUACACUGGCUGGAUGGCUGGGUGGAUUUGAUGGAAACUUUGACUUCAAGGACAUUGGCAAGGACUAUCUCGAGCCAAAUGUUCCCUAUGUUACUAUGCGCCUGUUGCCCGCCAUCUGCGGUGUCUUGACCAUUCCAACCAUGUUCCUGACCCUAAAGGCUGCUGGAUGCCGCACUACCACAGCAGCGUUGGGUGCAGGUCUCGUCAUUUUCGAUAACGCUCUCGUCACCCAGUCUCGCCUCAUCUUGCUCGACUCACCGCUCAUCAUCUUCACUGCCCUUACCGCACUUUCGUGGACCUGCUUCAUGAAUCAACACGAACAGGGGCCCGCCAAGGCCUUCAAGCCAUUGUGGUGGUUCUGGCUGGCUGCUACUGGUAUUGGGCUUGGUGCAACUGUCAGUGUUAAGUGGGUUGGCCUGUUCACCAUCGCUUGGGUCGGCAGUUUGACACUUGUCCAACUAUGGGUUCUGCUCGGAGACCACAAGAACGUAACACCGAGGCUGUGGUUCAAGCACUUCUUCGCACGUCUGUUUUGCUUGGUUGUCAUUCCCGUCUCCUUCUACAUGGCCAUGUUUGGAAUCCACUUCCUCUGCCUUGUCAAUCCUGGUGAGGGUGAUGGAUUCAUGUCUUCUGAGUUCCAGGCAACUUUGAACUCCAAGGGCAUGCAAGACGUACCGGCAGAUGUUGCGUAUGGAAGCCGCGUCUCCCUGCGCCAUUGGAACACGCAGGGCGGAUAUCUUCAUUCUCACAGCCACAUGUACCCUACCGGAAGCAAGCAACAGCAAAUCACUCUGUAUCCUCACAAGGACGAGAACAACAUUUGGAUCUUGGAAAAUCAGACGCUGCCAAUUAUGCCGGAAGACUACACUGGUCCUAACUUGACUAGCCCGAAAGCCUGGGACGGCAUAGGCCCCUUUCACAUUGAAAACGGCGCCAUCAUUCGUCUCUACCAUAUCACUACCGACCGACGUCUCCACUCUCACGAUGUUCGCCCGCCUGUUACCGAAGCAGACUGGCAGAAUGAAGUCUCUGCGUAUGGCUAUCAGGGUUUUGAGGGCGACGCGAACGACCUCUUCCGCGUUGAGAUUCUUCCGAGCAAGUCGGAUGGAGCUGAGGCUAAGAAGCGCCUUCGUACGAUCCAGUCCAAGUUUAGGCUGAUCCAUGUCAUGACUGGUUGCGCACUAUUCUCUCACAAGGUGAAACUUCCCGAGUGGGGCUUCGAGCAACAAGAGGUUACGUGUGCCAAGCAAGGUACCCUGCCCAACAGCAUAUGGUACAUUGAGGGCAACGUGCAUCCACUGAUGGUGGAUGGGGAAGUGGAGAAGGUCAACUACCGCAACCCUGGCUUUUUUGGGAAGUUCUGGGAGUUGCAAAAGGUCAUGUGGAGGACGAACGCCGGUCUGACGGAGUCACACGCCUGGGAUUCUCGUCCUCCCUCAUGGCCCAUCCUCCGCCGAGGCAUCAACUUCUGGGGGAAGCAUCACCGCCAAAUCUACCUUAUUGGAAAUCCUGUUAUCUGGUGGAGCUCCACGGCGCUGAUUGCUCUCUACGUUGCUAUCAAGGGUAUUGCCAUUCUCCGAUGGCAGCGUGGCUACCGCGACUACAAUAACGUCGUGUUCAAGCGUUUCGACUAUGAAGUGGGCAUGAGCAUCCUAGGAUGGGCAUUCCAUUACUUCCCUUUCUACCUAAUGGCACGCCAAUUGUUCUUGCACCACUACCUGCCGGCUUUGUACUUUGCCAUUCUUGCCCUUUGUCAGAUCUUUGAUUUUGUAAGCUACAGGUUCAGCGUAUUUGGACUCAGGGAAUAUCCGGUUAUUGGCCAAGCAGCAGCUGUCGGUUUCCUGGCGGUUGCCAUUAUGGUUUUUUCAAUUUUCUCACCGCUUGCAUACGGCAACGCAUGGACUAAGGAUGCAUGCAACAGUGUGAAGCUUUUCAACAGCUGGGACUGGGAGUGCAACAACUUCCUCGCUUCGUACGAAGCAUACAGCCAGAGUGAACCUCUAGCAUCAGCAUCUGUGCCGUCAUCAGCGCCGCCUGCACCCCCCGUUGUCAACGUCCAGCCCGAACAGCCAAAACAGCAGCCGGAGCUGGUCAAGCAGGAAGGCGUUGUCGAUGAAGCGGCUGUUUCCGCCCCACCCCAGGACGCACCUCAAGACAUGCCUAUUAUUGCAAAGGAAGAGCGUGUCGAGUAUCGCGACGAAAAGGGCCGCGUCCUGAAGGAUGCAGAGGUGGAAGCGCUCAAGGGCAAGGUUAGCUUCAAGACGCGCUAUGAGACGCGGACGCGCCUUAUUGAUGACGAAGGCAACGAGGUUUUCGAUGAGCUAGUUGAGUCGCACGAUGAGGCCGAGGAGCAUGGUGUUGCGCCUCCUCACCCUGAUGUCGAGGGCCAAAAUCCAGAAACGCGGGAGCAAGGGGCGGCAGUUGAGGCUAGCGAGGUGCCGCCGACUGUGGAAGUGGCUGAGGACCAAGAGAAGAGCAUUGUGGAGCGUCAAGAGGAGGCUCAGCCUGCCAGUGAGGCCAAGACGGCGACGCAAGAUGCAGAGUAG